AUGAUACUGAAGAUGGAAGACAGCAGACAUUUGACAAUUGAAGCAUUGUCUCACUACACAGAUGGCCUCAAAAUAACUCCAGACGAGACUGCUGAGAAAGCUGUUUUCUACAAAAACCGAGCAGCUGUUUAUUUGAAGCAAAAAGACUACGAAAAAGUCAUCAAAGAUUGUGAUGAAGCUUUGAAGAUAACGCCAAGUGAUCCCAAAGCAUUGUUUAGACGGUGUCAAGCUUACGAAGCUCUGGGAAAGUACGAGGAAGCUUAUCGUGAUGCACGUUUCGUUGUUAAUUCGGAUCCUUCGAACAAAGCUAUUCAGCCAAUUCUUGCACGGUUGUUUGAAAUAGUCGAGGAACGGCUCCGUCAAAAUUCACGUACCUCUGCCAAAGUCUCACAGAUGUUCGACGUCGCGUUCAGCCUGGAGACUGACAAGGAAAAGCGCGCUGCUGCUUUGAAUAAUUUGCUGGUUCUGUCUCGAGAACGUGCUGGCGCAGAAGUUAUGUUCAAAGAUGGUAUUAUUACAAAGAUACUGAAGCUCUUGAAGAUUGAUAAAAAUAAUGAUGAGAUUAUUACUUCGUGCAUAAGAAUAAUUGCUGAGUUGUGCAAAAAUAAUGUUGAACGUACUGAGAUAAACACACUGUUAUCCUGCUUGGUAUACUCCACAACAAACCGUACAAUAACAGGACUUGCCAGAGAUGCAAUUAUCGAAUUAAUAAUGCGUAACGUGCAUUACUCAGCGUUGGACUGGGCCGAGCAGUUGGUGAACAUCAGAGGUCUCCAGCGACUAAUGGAAGUAGCCAGCGAACUCGAAGAGUACAAAUACGAGUCAGCUAUGAACAUAACUGUUUCAACUCGUACAGUUGUCAGCGUUUGCCUGGCCAAAAUUUACGAGAACAUGUACUACGAUGCAGCCAAGGAAAAGUUCUGCGCCGCUAUCGACGAGUUUAUAAAAGAAAAAUUACUAGAUCCAGAAGUAGAGUCCAAAGUUCGUGUCACCGUUGCCAUAACAACCCUACUCCUAGGUCCCCUUGACGUGGGAAAUUCUAUCGUUGCCAGAGACGGAAUCCUCCAGAUGAUCCUAGUGAUGGCCAGUACCGACGACCUUUUGCAGCAGAAAGUCGCUUGCGAGUGUAUCGUAGCAGCCGCUUCUAAGAAAGACAAAGCGACUACGAUCAUCAACCAGGGUGUUAAUAUCCUAAAAAAACUGUACCAGUCCAAAGAUGACGCCAUCAGAGUCCGUGCUUUGGUUGGUCUGUGCAAACUAGGAAGCUCAAGCGGUACAGAUGCGUCAGUGAAACCAUUUGCCGAUGGAGCAACGAAGAAAUUAGCCGAAGCUUGCCGUAGAUUUUUGAUAAAUCCCAAAAAAGACAAGGACAUGCGGAAGUGGGCGGUGGAGGGUCUUUCUUACUUGACCUUUGAUGCGGAAGUAAAAGAAAAAUUAAUUGAAGACAAAGGAGCUCUCCACGCGAUGAUCGAGCUUGCUAAGUCUGGUGAUAAGUCUGUUGUCUACGGCUGCGUAACUACUCUAGUUAAUUUAUGCAACGCCUAUGACAAGCAAGAGAUUAUUCCUGAGAUGAUGGAGCUUGCUAAGUUUGCCAAGCAGCAUAUACCGGAGGAGCAUGAAUUAGAUGACCCGGACUUUGUUACUAAGCGAUUGGUUGCCCUGGCAAAAGAAGGAAUCACUACUGCGCUAGUUGCUCUGGCUAAAACAGACAGUGACAACAGCAAGGAGCUGAUAGCGCGGGUUUUCAACGCGAUUUGCUCCCAGCAAGAAGUCAGAGGCAUGGUGGUCCAGCAGGGAGGAGCCAAGGCUCUGCUGCCCUUGGCGUUAAAUGGAACCAAGAAGGGAAAGAAGCAAGCUGCUCAAGCCUUGGCCAGAAUUGGCAUCACCAUCAACCCAGAAGUCGCUUUUCCUGGUCAAAGAAUCAUGGAAGUCAUCAGACCGCUGUUGAACUUGUUGAGCCAGGACUGCUCGGCUCUGGAGAACUUUGAAGCGCUGAUGGCGCUUUGUAAUAUCGCUGGAGUCAAUGAUGCUAUCAGGAAGCACAUGCUUAAAGAAGGAGCGUACCCUAAGGUUGAGUUUUACAUGUUUGAGGAUCACUUGAUGCUCCAACGGGCUGCGGUGCAGGUUGUUAAUAAUUUGGUGAUGUGUGAAGAUGCUAUCAAACUUUUUGAAGGUGAUAAUGAUCGGGUUAAGUACUUGGUGAUUUUGUCCAGCGAUGAGGAUCAAGAAACCAGUCUUGCUGCUUCAGGAGCUCUUGCUAUGCUCACUGGGGCUAGUAAUAAAGUUUGCGAGAAGAUAUUCGACAGUCAAAAUUGGCUUGAGUCCAUUCACUUCCUUUUGGCUAAUCCCAAUUCUGAUGUUCAGCAUCGCGGGGUUGUUAUUGUGGCGAAUAUGAUUAAUAGUACGAAAGAAACUGCCGCGAAGAUUAUUGAUACGGAUAUUAUGGAGAUUCUCAUGGCGCUUAUCAAGAGCGAGGAUGUGAAAAAUAAGAAAAUUAAAGAUGUUGCGGCUACUGCGUUGGAAGCUGCUGCUAAGUGGAAACUUAUUGAGAAGAAACCUGAGGAAAUUAAUGAACCCAGCUCGGAUAAUCAUCUGGAGUCAGUUGAAUAA